AUGUCGAUACAAUCCGCCACUUCGGCUUCACUAGCCACAGCAUCAAGAGCAGCCAUGCUCCCCUUCCUCUACCCGGCAGCUGCAAGAUGUAGCGCAUCUCUCUCGACGAAAGCGCCUUCCGCUCGUCGCUUAGCAUUCACCACCUCCAGCGCGUCGCUUCAUGCUUCCUCCUCAUUUCGCCGCGCAAUCUCCUCUCCUCGCGUAGCAACCAGCUCAAGGUGGCUGUCUACGUCCGUCAGCUCUUCUUCGCCAGCAUCUUCAUCCAAGGCUCAAUUGCAGAUCGCUACCGAUUCUUCCACCUCGUCGUCUUCCAAUACGCCACUUUUCGCAUCUUCGCCUUCUACCUCGACCUCUCAACCUCGGCGUACGGAAAAGACAGAGACGGUCAGUGUAGAUCCUGCUUGUGCAACACUCUCGCCGUCCUCGCCUGCCUCACCAAAGUCACAAAAGGAUCCACGAGUAGCUGUUUCGCAAGAGGCAGCACCAACACCAUCACCCGCAACUCCUGUUCCGUCUGCUUCUGAUCCAGCUCCUUCCUCUAAGUUGACGCCUUCCAAAGCAGCCGAGCUCGCCAAGGACCCCAAAGUAGCCGCUACCAUGCCCCAAGCAUCAGCAUUAGCAUCAGCACCGACGUCCAGCUCAACCUCUUCAUCGACUGCCACACCAAAGAAGGCUGCGGCCGACCGAGGCACUAAGUUCCGUUCACGCACGGCUGCACUCAAGCUCACGCCUACGGCUGUAUUGCGUCUCCGUGCAUUGAUGGAGUCCGAGUCCGGUCCCAAACUGAUUCGCGUCGGAGUGCGCAACAAGGGCUGCGCUGGCAUGUCGUAUCAUCUCGAGUACGUCAAGCCUGAGGAAGCAGGUCGUUUCGAUGAACGAGUCAAGCAGGACGGCGUCGAAGUGCUCAUCGACAGCAAGGCGCUUUUCAGUAUCAUUGGCAGUGAGAUGGACUGGCAGGAAGAUCGUCUUAGCGCAAAAUUUGUCUUUAACAAUCCCAACGUCAAGGAGGCUUGCGGGUGCGGCGAGUCCUUCCUCACCUAG